AUGGCUUCCUUUCACAGCCAUUUCUUGGUUAUAGUUUCUAUUCUUUCUCUUCUAGCCUUUUCUAGCAAUGCACAACUUUCUCCCACCUUUUAUGCCACAACUUGCCCCAACCUUCAAACCAUAGUGCGCACUGCAAUGAGGCAAGCUAUUGCCAGAGAAGCUAGGCUUGGUGCCUCUAUUCUUCGCUUGUUCUUUCAUGAUUGCUUUGGGUGUGAUGGAUCAAUCCUAUUGGACGACACUGCUACAUUCACCGGAGAGAAAAAUGCAGCACCUAACAGAAAUUCAGCGAGGGGCUUCGAAGUUAUUGACACCAUUAAAACCAACGUUGAAGCUGCUUGCAAUGGCACUGUAUCUUGUGCUGAUAUUCUAGCACUUGCCACAAGAGAUGGAAUAGUGUUGCUAGGAGGACCCUCAUGGACAGUUCCCCUUGGAAGAAGAGAUGCAAGAACAGCAAGCCAGAGUGCAGCCAACAGCCAAAUCCCUUCACCAUUCUCAGACCUCCCCACCCUCAAAUCCAUGUUUGCAGCCAAAGGCCUGACCGCAAGUGACCUAACCGUGCUCUCAGGAGGCCACACAAUAGGCCAAGCCCAGUGCCAAUUCUUCAGGACUCGCAUAUACAACGAAACCAACAUUGAUCCCAACUUUGCCACCACAAGAAAGGCCAAUUGCCCUAUCUCUGGAGGGAACUCCAACCUGGCCCCUCUUGACACCCUCACCCCAACCCGUUUUGACAACAAUUACUACGCUGACCUUGUCAACCGACGUGGCCUUCUCCACUCUGACCAGGUGCUUUUCAAUGGUGGGUCUGAAGAUGCCCUUGUAAGGACCUAUAGUGGCAAUAAUGCUGCCUUUUUCAGGGACUUUGCUGCUGCCAUGGUGAAGAUGGGCAACAUUAGUCCUCUCACUGGGACCAGUGGGGAGAUCAGAAGGAAUUGCAGGGUGGUGAAUUGA